AUGGAGGCUUUAUUGACAAAGAGAUUGAAUUACUGUCUGUAUUUGCUGCUACUACUGUAUGUCACAUCCCCGGACGAACAAGACGGGAGCAACGAAUUACAGUUUUGGGUUUUUCACGAAGGAGUGACGAUAUCAAACUGCAUCAAAGAUCCGGUAACGAUCGAAUGUUUCCGUUUUUCGUCUCUUGAAUCAGCAAAACUCGCUUGCGCUGAAAAAGACGAGUGCAACGGAGUCUCGGAAGUCAUCGAAAAUGAGCUGGGAUUUUUCGAGCUCCGGAAGGGCCCAGAUGUUGUUUCGGCGGAGUUUAAUUCUUGGGUGAUGUACAGGAGAAAUUGCGAUGGUUGGGACAAAGAGAAUACGCUGAAUGUCUCGGAAGUUGAAAGUCUUUAUCCGGAUUUGAGGGGACAGAGGAGAUUGAAUAAUGAACGAAAUUGCGUUUAUACAGGGAUGUUCUCUCAUUUGAACAAACUGUUCAAAUUCGACCCCGAUCGACAACCAGAAGCUCUCAUCUCUCCACUCCCUUGCGAAGACGAAACGAUAAUUUUCGGAAUAAAAUCGCUGCCAAGAUCCUCUCAAAUGCGUCAAGCUCUUCGCGAUACCUGGCUCCAACCAGAAAUAUGGAACUGGCUGCAUUACAGAAUCAAGGUGGUUUUCCUCAUCGCCCAAGCAGAAGAAGAGGUUGAUUUGUCGGAUGAAAUUCUAGAGAAGGGAGAUAUUUUGCUGUUGGAUUUUCAAGAGUCGCUUUAUAAUUUGCCAUUCAAGGACAUUGCGUUCUUGAGGUUUAUUGAGAAGUCGUGUAAGAAUGUGGAUUAUGUGUUCAAAGGCGAUGAUGAUAUUCUUUUAAAAAGGGUUGAAAAUGAGAAAGAAUUUAGAGAGCGAAGCCGUCGCGUAACCAUGUCCGCUUCAUAUUCUUCAAUUUCUCAAUCCAAAAAAGUCCCCCAAAAUUUCGCUCGCGAAAUCGCUGCGAUCAGAAGCUCUCAACGCUCCGUUGAAGGAAUAGGUUGUCUAAAAAAAGGCGCCCUUCCGAUUCGCGAUACUUCUUCAAAAUAUUUCAUGCCGGAGCAAAUGUACGAUGCUGACGAGUUCAGUUCUUAUUUCUCUGGCGCUGCUUACGUAACAACGCGAAAUCUCGCUUUAGCGAUGGAAAAUGCGAUUGAAAGGACUCAAGUGCUUCCGAUGGAUGAUGUUUACGUCGGAGAUUUGAUUCAAAAUGCGGGAAAACAGGAAAAGUUGAAGAGGUCGGCUGGCAUCUGCUCUGGGCUGAAUCCGCAAGGAAUUGUGGUUGACAAUCCUUGUCUGUUGCGAGGACUCUCUGUUGCUCACAAGUAUACAGACCCAGAAUUGAUGAGGGAGAUGUUCAGACUGGCAGUGAGUGAUGCUGAAUGCUCAGAAAAAGAGAUCGCUCACCUCGAAAAUAAUCUAAGUUUCUUCCUCGCUAAAGAAUCUGGCGAUGCUGUUCAAUCUUGGACAAUCGACGCGGGCAAGAGAAAAUCAAGGAAGAAAAGUGAAGUCAAGGAGAUUGAGUUGAAACAGAUGUCAACUGAGGAGGAAGAGAUAAAGGCCCUAUUCGAGCUCUUUGAUAAUGAUGGAGACAGGACGAUAAAUCUCUCCGAACUGGAGACAGUAAUGAAGACAAUCGGAUGCCACCCGCCCUCGAAGGAAGAAAUUAAGAAGCUGAUGCUCGACUUUGAUGAGGAUGGAAACGAAGUAAUCGAUUUUGAAGAGUUUCAAAAAAUGAUGCUUGUUCACAAAGAAAACCAUCCAGAAAAUCCUGCAUCGCAGCUCAAUCAGGCAGUGCAGUACUUUGACAAAAACAAUCUCGGCGCUCUUCCAAUGUCAAAGCUCAAGAACAUCAUGACAGAACUUGGCGAAGAGCCGCUUUUUGAUGAUGAAUUCAAAUGUUUUGCCGAAUUUCUUCAGGCUGCAAAUUCCAAAACAGCGGAGGAAGAAGUCGAUUUGAAGCAUUUUAAGGAGUUUCUGCUGCUAAGUGGUCAAUAA